AUGAGGGAUAUAUUGCUAAUUGUCUUUCUUCUUCCUUGCUGGGUACACAGUUCAAUCAAUUCAAGAUUUGCUACGGAAGACCAUAAUGAGGAAAACUCAGAGUUUGACUCGCUGAAAUCCAACCUGUUGGACUAUGAGGUGCUACCUUUGUCGAGCUUGCAGUUGCACUCCGUGAGGAAGAGGGAUGUCCACACCCAGUCUCACCUGGAGCGUCUGGUGAGCUUCAGAGCCCUGCAGAGGAAUUUCAAGCUUUACCUAACCACAAACACAGAUCUUUUCACGGAUAAAUUUAAAACUGUGUUUCUUGAUAAACAUGGGAACGAGGAGAACUACGAUGUUCAGCUUCAGAACUAUUUUACUGGACAUCUUGUUGGGGAGGAGAAUUCACGUGUGCAGGCACACAUAGAUGGGGAUGAAUUUUCGGCCCACAUCCUCACAGAUGAAGCAGAAUAUAAUGUAGAACCCCUGUGGAGGUUCACAGAUUCCCCAACUAAUGGCAAGCUCCUGGUUUAUCGCUCAGAAGAUAUCAGGAAUCUGAGCAGGAUUGCCUCUCCAAAAGUGUGUGGUUAUAUCCAUGCGGAGGAGCAGGGGCUUCUGCCUCAGACUGUCAGGAGGAGCUGGGAAAGACAUGAGGAGGCUCAGCUGGGAAAUGAAUACCAUCACAGGCAGAAGAGAGAGGAUCAUGACCAUCGGAGGAAUACCUGCACCUUGUUGCUGGUUGCAGAUUAUCGCUUCUUUAAACACAUGGGCCGUGGACAAGAGAGCGUGACUCUCAACUACCUGAUUGAGCUGAUUGAUCGAGUUGAUGACAUUUAUAGGAACACCUCGUGGGAUGAUGAAUAUAAAGGCUAUGGGGUCCAGAUCCAGCAGAUUAUUAUUAACAAGGAGCCCACAAAGCCUCCCCCCGACCAUGCUGGUAACAGUUGGGUCCACUAUAACAUGGAGAACAGCCCUGUGAGAGGGAAGGAGGUCUGGGAUGUGAAGAAACUUUUAGAGCAAUUCAGCUCCGACAUAGCCGACAAUGCCUCCGCUGUGUGUCUGGCUCACCUGUUCACCUACCAGGAUUUCGACGAGGGGACACUAGGACUGGCCUAUGUCGCCCCAUCCAAAGCUCACGCCUUGGGUGGCUUAUGUCCUAAACCUUAUUACCCGUCUCGCUCUUCCAAGAAGCCCAGUUACCUUAACACAGGCCUGACCAGCACCAAGAACUACGGCAAAACCAUCCUCACAAAGGAAGCAGAUUUGGUGACUACUCAUGAGUUGGGUCAUAACUUUGGAGCAGAACAUGAUCCAGAUAACAUCCCAUACUGCGCUCCCAGUGAUGACCAGGGGGGGAAGUUUGUCAUGUACCCCAUUGCGGUGAGCGGGGAUCAUAUUAAUAACAAGCGCUUCUCCAACUGCAGCAAGAUCUCAGUUGGAAAGACUUUACGUCUCAAAGCUCCGGUGUGCUUCAAGGAGAGGAACAGUAAAGUUUGUGGAAACUCCAGGGUGGAGGACGGGGAGGAGUGUGAUCCUGGACUGCUCCAUCUCAACGACGACCCGUGCUGCACUUCAGACUGCAAGUUCAAACCUGGUGUACAGUGCAGUGACAGAAACAGCCCGUGCUGUUGGAAUUGCAAGUUUGAGCGGGCGGGAAAAAGAUGCCAAGAGCCCAUAAAUGCCACCUGUAAAGGUGUAUCCUACUGCACAGGAAACAGCAGUCAGUGUCCUCCUCCUGAAAACGCUGCCGACGACACCGAGUGUGUUGACAAAGGCCGGUGCCGCGGUGGAGAGUGCAACCCUUUUUGUGAAGCCGAGCACAAUCUUCUGUCCUGUGCUUGUAAUGAAACAGACGACUCGUGCAAAGUGUGUUGCAGAGGGUCAGAUGGCAUCUGCUCUCCCUUCGGUUCCUUUUAUCUUCGUAAAGGCAAACCCUGCCCUGUGGGUUUCUGUGAUGGAGAUGGAAAGUGCAUGAAGCAGGUACAAGAUGUGAUCGAGAGGUUGUGGGAUUUUAUUGACAAGCUGGACAUUAAUACGUUUGGGAAGUUCUUGGCUGAUAACAUCGUGGGCUCGGUCGUAGUGUUUUCCCUGAUCUUUUGGAUUCCUCUCAGUAUCCUGGUUCACUGUGUGGACAAACGACUUGACCAGCAGUAUGAAGAGAACACAAAGUCAUUUUUCUUCAAUCCAAGUAGUCAAGACAUGCUGAGCAACCCCGAGUCAGUGUCCGUGCGCAUCGUCAAGCGUCCUCGGCCUCCCUACUCCUCCGCCGGCAGGACCGCGCCCUCGCCUCAGGUCCCCCAGCCCCAGCCGCCGAGCCAGGCCCGUGCCCCUCCCGCCAGCAGCUCCAGCAGUACCCAGGACCCCGGCCCGAGCUACGCCGCCACCCCGGACAGCGCAGGGGGACCGCGAAUGGCAACAAUCGAGGAGGACAACAUCAGCGACUCUCAUCUGGGAGAGGAGGACCUGUCGGGCGAUUUCACAACCGCAGGAGCCUGCUCGUCGGCUACGAAAUCCUCCUACGAGGAUCUGACAGAACAGAAUCCACAAACCCGGGACCGGCGGCACCUCAGGAGGCAGGAAUGCCUUGACUCAAAAGAGACGGAGUGCUGA